UUCCAUAUGUUUAUUUAACACGCCUUCAUAAAUCAUUUACUCCUAUAAAUACUCCAUAACACACCAUCCAUUGCUUCAUACAAUUUGGCCAACACAAACCAUAUUCAUUCCUAUAGUACUACCAUACUAGUUCGUUUCGUUAAUCUAAUAGAGGAUACUGCUUUGUUGUACUUGAAAUUCAAUUCGUACUGUUUGAAUUAUAUUAACAUAUUCCAAUUCUAAGGUUUUUUUGUUGUGAAGAAUAUAUAACUAAUAUGAGGAGGGACAUGGAAUUUGAGCGUGUUCUUACUUACUUUGACGAAGAUGGCAACGGGAAGAUUUCUCUUAACGAGUUAAGGAGUCGAAUGGCGAAGAUUAGUGGAGAUUUUCAUUUGAAUGAAGCGGAAAUUGCGAUUGAGUCAUUGGAUUCUGAUGGUGAUGGUUUCUUGAGUUUGGAGGAUUUGGUUACGCUUAUGGAAUCAGUGAGCGAGGAUGAAAAUUUGAAGGAUUUGAAGGAAGCAUUUGAAAUGUAUGAUAAUGAAGGGUGUGGGUUCAUAACACCAAAGAGUUUGAAGAGGAUGUUGAAGAAAUUGGGAGAUUCAAAGUCCAUUGAAGAAUGUAAAUUGAUGAUUGGAAUGUUUGAUUUGAAUGGGGAUGGUGUGCUUAGUUUUGAAGAAUUCAGAAUUAUAAUGAAAUGAUUCUGAUGCUAUGUUGCUGUGUCUAUUGAGGCUGGUGGGUUUUAUUCAUUCUUUUGUACAUUAUUCAAAUAAUUUGUGUGUAAUUUAAAAAUGAGGAAUGCUAUAUGUACACCCAUAAAUGCUACACCGUAUAUACACUGCCUCAACUAAACAAUGAUUUGGUGAAUAUUUUGAAUUAAAAUAAAGAAAAAACAAUGCUUUUAUAAAUCUAAUAAAACAAAACCGUAUUGGAAUACGGUGUAGGUGUUAGUUUAAGUGUACAAAUAUCAAUCCUCUUUAAAAAUAUAUGUUAACAGAAGAUAAAAAAAAUAAAAGAGAGGUAAAGUUUUGUUUUAAGCUUUUCUAGCAGU